AUGAAGGCGUCGUCCGUCCAGCAGGCCUUCAAGAGCCUGACAUCGCGCAUCCACCCACAGCUGCCACUGUCCGAACGCGAAUCUCAGCGCCUGCUAAACGCCCUCACAUCAUCCUUCCGCAGUCAGCUGGAACACCAUCACCACAACCAUGACGCUGCCGCUUCUGCUGCCUCUGCCUCGGUUUCCACUCAACCCUCUCUAUCGCCCAUCACAGCUACCGACCGUCACCUGGCUUCAAUCUUGACCAAUCCUCUACUCACCAAGCCUGUCCACCAACAACUCAAGUCAAAGUCAAAGCACCCAAUUGCCCUAUUCGAGGACCAAGUUGCCGCCGGACGUGCCAACCUGCCUUCUGCCAGGUUGUGCCUUGAAGCCUUCCGCAACUCUCUUUCUUCGUUACCUCCCGCACAAGUCAAGGACCAGAUCACCCGUUACGCUGCAGGUUCUCGUGCGCUGAGAUGGCUCUGGACUAGUGCCUACACCCGCUCUCUUUCCUUCGCUCUGGAUGCCCGCUUCUGUAGCCACCUCGCCUUUUUCCUUGUUCACGAAGGCAAAGAAACUGCUCUGUGGGAGCUGAUCGACACACCUGUCGCAACUUCGCCCAACCUCACUGCCAAAGAAGCAAGUAUCCGCAAGGGUCUGUUGCUCAGCUCUAUCGUCAAGACUCAUCUCUCUGGCUCCGAUCAGUCUCUCGAAUCUGCCCUCUCUGCCUUCUUCCGAGCCUUGGAGAUUUCUCAGACAUCUCAUGCUUCCAUCACCCAUGCUGGUGUCUAUCUAACUCAAGCCUUGGUCAAGCUCGGCCUCUGCUCAAAUUCUGACGUUGCUCUGUACGAUAAAUUCAUCGAUUCCAUUCCUCGUUGGACCAAAAACCAUCCAGACAGGGCCAUCUACAGGAUUGCAAAUCUCACCUUACAUCAUCCCGCCACACCCUCAGCGGACCCCGCCUUGGACUUCAUACGGGAGCUCAGGCCUCUUGCUUCUCAUCCUUUCUUGAGCCCAUCUACUGCAUCUCAGAGGUCUACCGUCUUCGCCUUCUUCUUCGAUACUGUCACGCUUUUGCAAAAGCAGCAACGCUUUGAUGAUGCUCUAUGGGUAAUGGAGUUCAUGCAGCAAAGAUUCCCCGAGGAGUUUGCGCCACCACGCAGACAAUCAUCCGCUGUGCCAGCACCUUCUCAAGUCUCAGAGACAUCAGAGACUACUUCUACCCACUCGACUUUCCCUGAGUGGAAAGUGCCCGAAUUUGGAUGA